AUUCUCUAAAGAAUAUAUGCUAUCUUGUGGAGAUUGAGGUGCGGACGGAGUGUGAUGGAGGCACAACUGAACUGAAGAAAGCUGAAAGGCUGGAUGCAAUAAUUGAAGCCAUGGGUUCCAGCCAUGGGAAGGAGCAACUUUUAUCCCGGUCAUCUGGCAGUCACACUCACUCCAUUCCUCACCAAAAGCCAUUGAGGAAAGCCCAUCGAUAGAUUUGGAGGUAGAAGAAAGCUAAGGAAGAGAGAAAGAGAGAGAUGAGCGUCAUGAAGGCUCCCAUCAGGUGUUGCAUCUCCUGCAUCUCCUGCAUCCUGCCAUGCGGGGCGCUCGACUUGAUCCGCAUCGUGCACGCGAGCGGGCAUGUCGAGGAGAUCAGCGGCACCGUCACCGCCGGGGACAUCAUGAGAGCCUACCCUAAGCAUGUCCUGCGAAGGCCACUCUCACCGUCGUCGACGAACGGAGUCGUCGUGCCGGAGGCCGUGAUACUGCCACCCAGCGCUGAAUUGCGGAAAGGGAAGAUAUACUUUCUGAUCCCGGUGGCGGCCCCGGCGCCGGGCAAGGCCCGAUCGGGGAUGAAGGGAACGACGAGGAGGAGUUGGAAGAAAGAAGCGGACAGCCAAGGUCAGGCCACCGAAAAGACGCGGCUGCUUCACAGUGAGCCGUACUCAUCGGACACCCUAUCGAAGAAGGCGUCGACGCAGACGUGUAGGCGGCGAGGGAGGAUCGCGGUGUGGCGGCCGCGUUUGGAGAGCAUCUCCGAGAUCUCCGACGACCUCUGUGUGAACUUCUGAUUCCCCUGUCAUUUGUCCUUUGUAGAUUUCCCUGUUGAAGCCAUUUCCUCGGCAACCGUCUUCACGAGACGGUGACGUGAUCUCUGUAAAGAUACAUAUAGCAUAUCUUUAUUGGAUUUCUCCUCUCUCAAGUUUCAA